UGAUAGCGAUACUUCCAGUUUCAAAAAUAAUAUGUGUGAACAACUUGAUGAAAUUUAUAAUAAGCUAGAAAUUGCCGAAAAUAAAUACCUACCAUUAAUUGAAUACGGGUAUCCUCUGAUUAGUGAAGUCAGGCAAUGUCGUGAUAGUAUUACUUAUUAA